AUGAUAACAGGCAUUACUCUUAUGGCACUUGCAGCAGGGGAGGAUCUCACCCAGCAUGUGGAUAUUUUCAUGGGAACAGAGGGUGGAGGCAACAAUUUUCCUGGGGCGGUCCGACCCUUCGGCAUGGUUAAGCUCGGCCCUGAUCUCCUCCUGUCAGGCACAGACUCAUACUCAGGCUAUCUGCCCGAUGGUAACUUCUCUGGUUUCAGCAUGAUGCACGAACAAGGAACAGGCGGGGCACCUAAAUACGGCACCGUCUCGCAAUUGCCCUUGGUCGGCAAUAUCAGUGAUCCCUUGUCUAAUAUCACUGUAUCGCGGAGUGGCACUGAUGAAGGCUCUGUCGGCUACUACAAGGCUGAGACUAGUGACGACGUCGAAGUCGAACUGAGUGCUUCUUCCAGAGCGGGCAUCUAUCGCUACACAUUUCCCUCAAAGUCGCAGGGGAAUAUACUAGUUGAUGUAUCGCAUGUUUUACCUUCCUUUCGGGGUCAAGGCCUGGGUCAAGGUUAUGAAGGUGGUAAUAUUACCAUCUUCGCUGAUGGUCAUUAUGAAGGGUCUGGUGUAUAUAACAAUGGAUGGAAUGAGGCGCCCGACUGGACUAUUUACUUCUGUGGUUAUUUUGACUCUGCUGCUACAAGCAACAAGACCUAUUCAGCAACAGGUACAGCUAAGAGUGUUGAGCAGCCCGGUGGCUUUGCUACAUCUUCGUCCAGCUCUACUCGUGUUGGUGGCUUGUUCUCGUUUAAUGAUACUGAAGUCAUUUCUCGUGUGGGCAUCUCCUGGAUCUCAACACAGAAAGCCUGUGAUAACGUGAACAACGAGAUUCCAAAAGGCACAUCAUUUGCCUCGGUCGUCGAUGAUGCGGUUUCCGAAUGGAAUAGUGAGGUCUUGUCUAAGGUCACGACAACCAAUACCAACGAAACUAGUCUCAGCCUCCUCUACACGUCUCUCUACUUCAUGCAUCUCAUCCCGACAAACCAAACCGGAGAAAACCCCGGCUGGACAUCAUCUGAGCCAUAUUACCAAGAUAUCUUUACUUUCUGGGAUCUCUUCCGCUGCUCUACUUCCCUAAUGCAGGUCCUCCAACCAACAGCAUACGAAGAGCAAAUCCGUUCUCUAAUCGACAUCUGGAGAAACGUCGGCUACAUGCCAGACGCCAGAUCUUCCAACUACAACGGCCGCUCACAAGGCGGAUCAAAUGCCGACAACGUCCUCGCCGACGCCUACGUCAAAGGGGUCCGCGGUUCAGUAAAUUGGGAAGACGGCUACAAAGCCAUGAAAAAAGACGCAGAGGUCACGCCUGUGAAUUGGCCCAUUGACUGGAUGGCACCAGAUUCCUCAACCCAUGACGGCCGGAGCGCUCUCCCCGACUGGCUUGACUAUGGGUAUAUCACACCCAAUUUCAGCCGGGCCGUUAGCCGGGCCGUGGAAUACGCGUAUAACGAUUUCGGAUUGUAUCAGGUUGCGUCUGGGCUUGGAAAGACGGAGGAUGCGAAAACAUAUCUCAAUCGCUCGCGUAAUUGGCGGAAUCAUUGGAAUCCGGACCAGACUUCGUUGGGAUAUUCGGGUUUCGUCGUCCCGCGCAAUACCUCAGGCUUUAUCGAGACGGAUCCGCUGGAUGAUACUGGGUACUGGGGUGAUUCUUAUUAUGAGGCUAAUUCCUGGGCGUAUUCGUUUGCGGAUGUGCAUGAUAUGAAGCAUAUGAUUGAGCUUAUGGGCGGGAAAGAGACUGUUAUCUCUCGACUGGAUACUAUGUUCACCGAUGGGGCCAGUGGAUCGAGUGGGACUAUUUUUGACGCAACUAACGAACCGAUGUUCAAUCUUCCGUAUCUGUACAACUACGUCGGUCGACAGGAUCUGGCCGUCUCGCGAUCUCGCAAGGUCGCUAAAGAAGAUUAUACCACCGGUGUGUCUGGACUCCCAGGCAACAGUGAUGCAGGAGCUAUGCAGACUUGGUUACUCUGGAACAUGAUCGGCCUGUACCCGAUCACCGGCCAGACAACCUUCCUGAUUCAUUCACCCUGGUUCACGUCCAUGACCAUCGAUCUGGGUAAUAAGAAAAAACUCCACAUUAAGUCCACGGGCGGAGAUGGUAAUGGUGACAGCGACAUCUAUGUCCAAAGUCUCAAGGUCAAUGGUAAGGCGUGGAAGAAGAGCUGGUUGACCUGGGAUGACAUCUUUGCGCGAGGUGGCACACUCGAGUUUGAGCUGGGGCCGACCGCAGUCAAUUGGACGACAGGGGAGCUGCCGCCAAGUCCUGCAUCUUGA